AUGUCAUGUCCCGACAGCAGCGACAGCGCCGCGUUCCUGAUGGAGAAUUUCUCCGCUCCGGGGCUCUUCGCUCCCCCGGGAGACUUCGGGUCCCUCCGCGCUUGCCACAAACGCGACGAGGCCUCGCUGGGCUCCUUCCCUCCGUACCUGGCUCACCUGGAGCCUUGGGCCGAGCCUAAGAGCGCCUUUAGGCUCGACUCGAGCUGCGCCUUCGCGGUGAAGGAGGAGAGCGGAGCGAAAAUCUGCGCGGAGCGGAACGCGCUGGGCGAGCCGGGGCUGGGCGAGCCCGGGGCCACCUCGGGUUUCUUCCGCUUCCCCCCGGGCCAGAGCAGCCCCGAGACCCCCCCGGACCCCCCUCAAUUCCCCAAUUUCCGCCAGCAGCAGCUCCAGGCUCCCCCCGCGCGGCCCCAGCCCCAAUUCCGAGCGGAUUUCGCCCAAAUCCGCAGCGCGGAGCAGCGCGAGCCCGGCAGCAGCGAGAACUCCGACAGCGAGGCCAAAGGUAGGGCACUUUAGGAGGGCGCGGGCGGGACGUGGCUGCGGGCGCGCAGCGGGAGGAAGAAGCGCUGCCCCUACACCAAGGCGCAGACGCUGGAGCUGGAGAAGGAAUUCCUGUUCAACAUGUACCUGAGCCGCGAGCGCCGCCUGGAGAUCAGCCGCAGCAUCGCGCUCAGCGACCGCCAGGUCAAGAUCUGGUUCCAGAACCGCCGCAUGAAGCUCAAGAAGAUGAACCGGGAGAGCCGCGGUCGAGACAUGGGCUCGGGCUUCGGCUUCGCCUGA